CUGUGACAGAGUCAUUAUCUGUGUUUUUUUAUAACAAUGUACUCUAUGAUUUUUUUCUUACGUCAUGUCGUGAUGUCGUCGUCGAUGUCUUCGAAUUAUGGUGCGUCAGACGUUUCGCUCAACCAAAACUAAUCAAAAUUGUAUUCAAUUUUUAUUGUAAUAUGUUAGUAAAACAAGCAAAACCAACUUACAAGAAGUUUGUUGGAACGGCACUUAAAACUAUUUUUAUUGCUGAAGCUCUCGGUUUAGCAGUGUCAUACGGAGUGUGGUUCAAGCUCAACACAGAAAGAGAUUUUCGUCUGUAUAUGUACAAAAACUGUAACUGGGUGUUGGAAGGUUACUAUCAGUUGGGUGAGAGAAUUGCCGAUCACAAAACAAGAGAGCAGGAUUUAAAAGUCUGGACUAACGAAGGGAAAAUUUAAAUCUUGGUGAGAUGAGCAUUGCUAUUAGAACCUCGUUUUGGGUGGUGACCAUUGGCGGCCUCACUUAUGCACUCUUCAAAGUGGUCAAACCUAAUGAUGAGCUGCUUAAAGAGUUUGACCAAUCAUCCAAACAUACAGAUACUAGAAAAUUCUCUAUUGACUCAAUUAAAGUGCUGAAGGAGGCAGCAGAUCAAAACUCUGAACUCAACAAAAAAAUAGAGGAAUUAUUAAAAAAAUGAGUGAUAAAAAUAGUAUAUUAGAAAGACUAAGCAAGAGAGAUGCACAGAGACUUGAGAAAUUACAAAAGGCACACAAGGCACGGGAGGAAGUUGAUGCUUCUGAUGAAAAUGAAGACUAUUUUGCUGGAGCUUUUAAAAUAAAGUCAGAAUGCAUCGAAGACAUGCUUUCACAAAUACCUACAAUGGACAUCAAAGUUCUCCCAUCUCAUAUUGAUAAUAUCAAAAGGGAAGUUAAUGAAUUACAAAAGUAUGUGAUCACAUCAUCUUUUUUCUUAAAAGAAUUCAACAUGCGUAAAUAUUUGGGCAUUGUACAGAAUUUGCAAACACAAUGCUACGAACUUGAAGAUAGAUAUGUGCCUCGCAAGAAAUUUGGUUUUAGUAAAAAGAAGCUGCUAAAGUCACACACUGAAAAGCAAGGUUCUUUCGAUGAAAAUGAUGGAGCUGGUAAAACAGAUAGUAACAAAUGGGAUGAAAAGCUUUUUGGUUUCGAUUCAUUGGAGAACAAAGUUCUAUCCCUUGAUAGUGAUGAUUUGUUUCAGCGAGAUGUUGCUCUACGUAACCUCAAAAACUGUACAAUUGCUUUAAAAGGUGUAAUGGGCACAUUACACAUGAACAAUUUAGAUAACUGCAUAAUUCUUUGCGGACCUGUCACAUCAUCUGUAUUUGUUGAAAAAUGUACUAACUCUAAAAUUGUCACUGCCUGCCAGCAACUUCGUAUGCAUACAUCAUCAAAAUGUGAUAUUUAUUUACAUGUGACUAGCAAAGGAAUAGUUGAGGAUUGCUCAGAAAUUCGAACAGCACCAUAUAAUUUAUAUUAUGACGAUUUAGACAAACAUUUUAAUAUGUCAUCUUUAGACAGAAAUGUUAAUAAUUGGGACCGUUUAGAUGAUUUCAAUUGGUUGGCUCCAGAUAUUCCCUCACCCAACUGGUCAGUUUUGGAGACAGCAAAGAGGAUUAGUAAUUGGGAUGAAUGGUGGGCAAAAACUCCUGUGCUAUAAAAUUGAUAAUUCUUUAUUUCCCAUUAAAUUAAUGUCAUUUACAAAUAUAAAAUAACCAACUUACUCAAAUAUUAAUUAUAAUAUUAAUUGCCACUUUCAAAUUAAUAAGUUCCUUCCUUUGUGGAUUGUAUAAGAACAAUAACUUUAGUAUUAUGAAUUAAUGAAUUAACUUGCAUUUGUAUGAGUAGAAAUAUAUUUAUAAAAUGUUAUCACUUGCUCUGAUAUUAGUUUACAGAUUUGAUAAAGACUUACCUGUGCGCAACUGCUUAGUUAAUCUCAUAGCUAUAGUAGCAUUUACUACAUUAUAUAAAUUAUUGAGUUAAUAAAGAGUGAACUUUAUAAGUAUUAUAGCACUUAUUUAAUAUUUCAGGAUCCCACACAAAUUAAUAACAUAUAACUCUACUAAAGCUUAAAAGAAAGGUGUCUGAAUAGAAAUCUAAUGACUUGCAUAUUAAUUUUAUUGUAUGUGUUUAAAAGGUAAAGGAAUUUUUUUAAAAUGUCGAAUACAUUACAGGGGUCUUAGGUUGAGAUUUUUGUUAUCUAUGCUUGCGAGUUGCUUUCCGUUUUUUCAUUAACAUCUAUCAUGCUACAGAUGCUUUAACUUCUCAAAUAUAUCAUAUGUUAUGGGUGAUUAAAUAAAAAAAAUAUUAAUAAGUAAAUAUCAAUUUAUAUACAAUUGCUACAAUUAUACAAAAUUGCCAAGUAUAAACCACAUCACAGUACUUUUCUUUUAGAGAAAUAAAACAAAUAAAAUGCAUAUUCAUAAGGGAGUACAAAGGCUGUACCAUGAAUUCUUUCUUUAAUUUUAAACAACUACAUAUUAUUACAAAUAAAUUAAUUAAUCUCGUCUACAAUAAAUGAAAUGUAUUUAACAGAACAAUAGAAAACUUGUAAGAGAAUAUAUCUUUAAGCUUGGCUUUGCUAAUUUUGAAUAGAAGUAUUUCAGAAGUAAAUAAAUUCAAUGAGUCUUUAAAUAGAUAGCGCCACUGAGCUGUGACUAUAAAGCAUAGUACAAAUAACAGAGUCAAACAUAAUCAAUUUAAGACAAUAAGGCAUUUGUCUUAUAAGAUCAAGGCCAAUUAAAGACAAUCAAACUAAAAAAAAAUAUAAUUUAUUAUCAUUAAAUAAAACUCAUAAGUUGAAAAUUGGAAUGAACCUUUAUCAAUAAAUUUUCUAAAAAGUAAACUUAAUACUUUAUGCUAAACAUUUAUUACAUUUUAUUUACUCAGGCAAAGCCCCAAAAUUAUUUUAUAAUGUAUUCAUUACAUGAAUUCAGUCUAAUUUGGAUGUUUUUCUUAUGAUGAAAAUUUACAAUAGGCUUAAAUAAAUAUAUAAUUAUUAAAUACUUGCAAAUAGAUUCAUAACUGAAUCAAGGGACCAGUAAAUUAUUAUGAAUAUAACACAGUAACAGUGCCUUGUGAGUUCACAAAUGUCAAUUCACAGGGUUUAAGUGAAGGACAGUGUAACAAAAAGAAUACCUCUGUAAUAUACCAUUACCAGGAUGUCUUAGCUGCAGUUGCUGCAUAUGAAACUAGUAAAAUAUGUCAAGACCAGUAAAAAAAUAAGAAAAGGGCAGAGAUAUUCCGUUACACUUUGCCUCUUAUAACACUGUCCUUUACUUGACCCCACUGAAAAUUUCGUAGGUACCACCGGAAUUUUUAUAACAUCAAUUUUGGACUACCAGACAGGCACUUUAAUUUCCAAUUUAUAUUUAACUUAUAAUAAUAUUCAUAUAAAAACAGAAAGAGCUACCUACUUUACUGUAUCUAAAUCUAAAUAUAGUACAAGGGAACAGAAUAGGGCAGAUAUACCUUAACAGAAAUACACUAUCGGCCGUACUCAGAGUCAGAUAGUUAACUUUUUCAUUAAAGUUAUUGCUGUGACUUUCUGUGUAAUGACAAUAGAGUAAGACAGCACAUGAAAAAAUAAAUGACAGGACCCUGAUGACAAUAAAAUAUGACAACACACUAGAAUAAAGAACUAUUAAAAUUAUUGCUAUUUCAUAACAAACUUACAUCUAAGUAGGAUGUUUUUACAAAUCUCUAAAAAUGCUUUGAGCACAUUUGGAUAUAUUUAACAACACGAAAUAAGGUUGAAAUCACUAACGUAUAAUAUUUCUUUAUGUAUUUAAUUAUUGCAAUAUUCGUCUGAUAAUAAUAAUUCCUAAACUUGAAAUGAGACUUUUUUUACACAAAUUUACUUGAAAAUUUAUUUACUCAGACAUGUCAAUUAAAUUUAAUGUUUAGAAAUGAGUAUGUCAAUGAAAGAAAAUAGUAAUGCUGAGUACGGACGUAUGUCUUAAUUACAAGUACAAUCCCAGUACCUAAUUUCGAAAUUUGCCACAGUAAUUAUUUAUAGCAGGACCGGAUUUAGAGAAUGAAGGAUUUGUCGAAAUAUGUUGUUUUUUAUCUCUUGUGGGCCACAGCCCCGCUUGCCCUGAUUUACUGUAUUGUGGUCUUCGUUAGUAAAGCAAAUAAAAUGUAAAAUUUUUAAUUGCAACAAAUUCACACAUCCAUACACCGGGUACAAUACACACAUCCCUUAAAAUAGGUACAUUAUACUCGCCUUUACCGCCUUCAUAACUUGAUUAAUCUUUUGAUAACCCUCGACUGUCAAUCGCCAAUUCGAAAUAGAACAUUAUUUAUUCAUUAUCAUUAAUUUUAAACAUAUUAUUUAUAAGUUAAUUUAGAAAUCUUCCUAUGUGACACCGAUAAAUAAAUACUAAAUCCAAAACAAUAGUUAUGGUAUUUUGUGACGUUGUUAAAGAACCGAACAGGGUUGGAAAAUAAAUAGGGUUUCGUACCCAAAAGGGUAAAAUUGUCAAACCCGGUGACGCUAUAAAGGUCAUAGAGACCAACAGCAUUCACACUAAAAAAAAAGGGUAAAAAAUAUACAGUCGAACACAGAACCUCCUUUUUUUGAAGUCGGUUAAAAAUGGGACUAAAGGCAGAAACAUAUUUGCGUGUCGUGAUCGUGACGCACCAGAAGUACGUCGGUUUCAUACAUUUAUUAUGGGUUAGAAAGAGAGAGAGAGAUUAGAGCGUCGACACUGCACGACACGUUAAUUAUGUUUCUGACUUAAGACUACUGUCUGUAACCAGGCUGUGUCUCAUAAACUGUGUUAUCUAGACAGUUGAAAUUUUCACACAUGAGAUAUUUUCUGUUGCCCUUACAACAAAACAUACUAAAAAAAUAUUUAAGUGGGGAUCUCACAAAACACGUUUUUUUUUCUGCCCUGCGUUAAUUUGAGGAAAAAGGUUAUAGUGAGCCAAACUUAAAAGAUGGGCAUAUGCUGUCGCGGACUUUUUAAUAGAACUUUUAAACGGGAACAAUUCCACCAUACAUGAUUUUUAUGUAGCUUUAAUCAUUUACGCAGCGCACGCAACGGAAGCUCACAAAUGGUAUAUUUUUACAAGAUGUUAUAUAGCCUUAAACCCUUCCUCAAUAAAUGCAGUAUCUAACACAAAAAGUUUUUUUGCUAAUCCUUUUGAUCGAUAUUCGCGCUUGGCCUGUUUUUUGACACUUUAGCCUCUUUUUGUUUUUACGAGGUAAAAAGUUAGUAUCCUAUACGUUAAGCAAUUCACUAUCUGUAUUCCAAAAUUUGCUUGAUACAUCCAAAGAUAGUUACAAAGGUGUCGAUUCUGGUAUGGUUCUCUAAACUUAAAACUAAAUUUAACAUCAGUCUCUCCUUUUCAUUCUGUAUAGAGAAUGACAAGGAUACACUGUUGUCAAAUUUAAGUUUACGGUUAUAGAGUCAUGCCAGUAUCGACAUCAAUGUUUCGUUAUAUUAGAAGGAUUUCAGAUAGGUUAUGAAACUAUAACAAACUGGUUGAGCUAACUUCGGCUAAUUACUGUUAGGAACAAUUUCAUUCCCAUUAUUUAUACUAUAUACAGAAGCCUGGCAAGUCUUAGACUGUCACUAUAAACUAUGAAUGAAGACAAGAAAAACAUAAUAGUACUCUUAAAUUGUUUCACGGCAUAUUCAGAGUUUUUCGAAUUGUGAAAAAUUUUAAGAUAUGACUAUUUUGAGUGUCUAAAAUAAGCUUAUCACAAUAUCUUAUAUAACUUGGCCCCUGUGUUUACUUGUGAUAAGAUAGUUGUUUAACCAGCUAAUGAAAAAAAAAAUAUCGAAAAUAUAUAUCGAUGGUUAAAUAACGUGUAAAAUCUAUUCCCUGGUCCUUCGAGCCGGAUACAGAUGUUACUACGCACUGACAGUUAAAUGAUAACAGGAAUCGACGCACAUGUUACACAGAAACAAUGGGGAACGAAGAUGUCAAAAACCUAAACAAACUACACAUGCAUAAAUGGUCAGAUCUGGCAUAAGGCAGGGGUAUAAAUAUCUAUACUAAUAUUAUAAAGAAGAAAUAUUUGAUUGUUUGUUUUGUUUGGCUCCGAAACUUCUGGACCGAUUGAAAAUUCUUUCACGUUUAGAAUCCUACAUUAUCCCUGAUGAACAUAGGCUAUAGAGUAUUUUCAAAAAAGUUACGAUUCCGUAUGAGAACUUCGAUAACGUAACCCAGGGUGUGAAAAAAAUAACCUUAUAUCACUUACGCUGCGGAAGUCAUUGACAGUAGAGCAAAGUGUUGUACUAAAGUUCUAUAGAGUACAUCAAUAUCUACAAAAAAGUCCGUGAUACCAUAAGUUUAUUAUUACAGUUAUGGCACAACUAAAGGUCCGCCCCUGCGGUGUCACCCACGUCAAUUUGAGGAAAAGGUUAUAGUGAGCCAAACUUAAAAGAUGGGCAUAUGCUGUCGCGGACUUUUUUAUAUAACCUUUAAAGGGGAACAAUUCCACCAUGCAUGAUUUUUAUGUAACUUUAAUCAUUUACGCAGCGCACGCAACGGAAGCUCACAAAUGGUUUAUUUUUACCUGAUGUUAUAUAGCCUUAGCCUUCCUUAAUAAAUGCACUUUCUCACACAAUAAGUUUUUUUCAACUUUUUGCUUUAGUUACUGAGAUUUGCGCAUUCAACCAAAAAAUGGUGCAUUCGGUACAACGGGUCCUAAAGUACGCAAUAAAAUUUUCAGUAUCAAUUAAAUAAAUCUUAGUGGAAGGUUAAUAAUUAUACAAAUAAAUCCAUUCAUACAAGCCCGAGGACAAAACCUAUAAUCUUCCUACACUACAGCUCUACACCGAAGCGAAGCGAAGGCGGGCCACUAGUAUUAUAUAAAGUUUGAAUAUAGGUACGUCAGACGUGUGAAUAAACCCAGACAACUCAUGAAGACCAUCAACAAAAGAAUGGUAGCCUUUCUUGGUCAUAUUUUAAGACAUGAGCAUUUGCAUCUUUAGACUAUAAUGCUGGUUAAGAUAGAGGGAAGAAUAUGCUUCGGAAGAAGGAAGAAGUCGUGGCUCUGAAACAUCAGAGAGUGGACUUGUAUCGCCAGCGUGGAAGACCUAUUUCGUCUGGCAUGAGACAAGGACAUUUACGCAGAGCUGACGGCCAAACUCCAGUAGUGGAGAGGUACCAUAAGAAGAAGAAUAUAAAGUUUGAAAUUAGAGGCAAAGUCAAUCCACAUUUUGGGUCAUUGAGCCGGUGCAGUAAGUACCUUGUUAAGAUUAAAUUGAUGCUUUGCCGGGCUCGCAAAGGAACUAUUGCGUAGAACUUGGAUAUGUAUUUUAUAUAUUAAUUUAUAUCACUUCGCUCGCACUUUCGCUCGCAGGGUAUAUUCAUAACUAUAGGUAUUAUUUUCAUUAAGUACAAAAAUAACCAACUGUAUUCACCUAUCCUAUCAACAAGUAUUAUCUUCUUAAUAUUUCCAAAAAUGUGUCAUCAUUACAAGCUAAUGGAAUAUUUUUAUAGUAUUUUCAUUUUAAUCAUACAUAUGAACAUUUUAGACAAGGGUUGGCACUAUUUACUAUUUCAAGGAACUAUUUAUUUUUACAAUUUCUCAUUAAGUUUCAAUAUAAGUUCUUCAUCACUUUUGUGACUCAAUUGGAUAUUUGUCAAUAAAUGCUAUGAAUUUAUUCUAUAAUGACAAUCGGAAGAUAUUAUCAUUAAAAUUAUUUAACAAUACAACAUUUAAAAAGGUGAACCUAAUAAAAUUAUACUUGAACACGAAAUAAGUUACUUUUAAAGAGAUUGAUAUUUUUAUGAACGGAAUAACUUAUUGUUAUCUUAAAACAUGCUAACGGAUUGUUAACCUUUAUAGAAAACUUAUAAUUACACCGAAUGAAAGUAAGUAUUUUUAAUCUCAGAUGUUGUAUUAAAAAACUGUUUUAUGUCACGAAAGAAUGGCACCAGAAGAUAGUAUGCAGAAAACUUUUAAAGAAUAAUAUGCUAACAUUAGGCUAAUAUUAAUUAUUUCUAUCUUACCUAUUGCUGGCAAGCAUAUAUCUGUAUUUUCUAUAAAGAUUGUCAACCCUAGCUUUAAGUUUUUCUUUAUAUAAAUGUAUUGUUUCAAUAUCUGUCUACCUAAUCAAUGAUUUAAAUGCAAUAUUUAAAUUUUAAACCACUCGGGAAAAUUCCUUAUAUAAAUAAUCAUUAUUGCAUAAAUUUUUUGUCAGGUAAUGAAUAACGUAGUACUAAUCUUUUAACAAAAUGUACAACAUCAUCUCUAUUAUUUGCAGAGAACGUCCGACAGCAAUUUGCGACGCAAUAAUCAACAUUGUUGUUAAAAUUAGAUUAAACUGUACUUCUUGGGCGCAGGAGCAGAACUUGACUCUCUACAAUAAUAGCUUAAGUUAGUGUUGUGACCAUAGCUUAGAAAAAAAAUCUUCGUUAACCUGAGACUUAUACCGAAAAAAUAAUUGUCUAGGGGCCGUUCAAGUAUUAGGUAAGCAGAUUUAUUAUAAUUAUUUACCCCCUCCUCCUCCUUGUCAGCCGUGCUGACGUAAACAUUGGUACCUAUACGCAUUUUUCCUUUAAUGUAUUCUGUUUUUUUAUUGAUUCAUGAGCUUUCAUGAGCUUCAUGAGCAGCAGUUCUUAAAUAGGCUUAGGAUAGAGGACUUUAACGCACAUAAUAUUCAUUUAAACAAACUUUAUUGACACAGUAUUAAGUACUAUUACGAAAACAAACUUUCCAAUUUUUGGUAUAUGUAUACCAAUUAACAGACUUCAGUCCAUGACACCCAAAUACAUGAUACUAACGUAAUCAUUAUCUCGACCCCCACCAAAAAUAUAAAGCAAAGAACCCCGUCCGACGACCUCCGUGGCCGAGUGGUUUGUACGCCGGGUUUCAUGGUGUCGCCAACUCGAGAGGGUUCGAAUCCCGGUGCAGAUUUGUGCUUGUGUGAUGAAUACGAGCAUUUGUACUCUAGUCAUGGAUGUAUUAUAUGUAUUUCUAUACAUAUAAAUAAACUUAUAUAAAUGUACAGUAUAUGUAUUCUAUCCGUUACCCUCGCAUCCCAUAACACAACUCACAAGCCUUACAGUGCUUACUUUGGGGCUAAGCUAAUUGGUGUGAGUGUUGGAAAUAUUUAUUUAUAGUGCUUACGUAAUACUUGAACGGCCCCCUACUCCCAGGCCCAAGAAGUACAAUUUUACCUAAAAUUAUCUUUUACUGGAUGUAUACCUAUAGUUAGUGGCGUGGGCUCACCAAUUAGGCUUCUUGUGGGAUAUGGUCCACUGUUGGUAGGUGUUGUUGGGGUCGCAGGGCGCGAGGCCCAACGUUCUAGAGUGCGGUUGAAGCGUGAGGCAAAAGCCGUGCAGCCGAUGUAUUAAUUGAUGAGAUUCUUCAUCGUACCUGUUGUUGUUUUAAAAGUAACAUAAGUUAUGAAAUAUAAUUGAGGAGCUGGCGAACAUAACGGUAUAAUUGCAUAAAAUUAAAUUUUACAGGAGCUGUAUAAAACUGAGUGAGAUUUAGGCAUGAUUUUUAAUUAAUAAAUUUAGUAAGUAACUUUAACACUGUUUUAGGCGGAUUGAAAAUUAUUUGAGAUUCAAAUUCAACGGGCCCGAGACCUCCGGACUGAAAUAAAAAAGUAGUUAAAAAAGACUAGAUGCGAAAAUUAUACUGUUUUGUUCGCCAGCUCCUCAAUUAGUAUGGAUAAUCAAAAUUAAAUGCAUAUUUACCUAAAGUUAUUUUGUGAACAUGUUAUGGAAGAGGCUUCAUAGGAUAUUUUUACUGAAUAAUAAAAUUAUGUGAUUCCAGGAUACUCUUUUUUGCUAUUUGUUAACAUUUUUUUAGAAAGAAUUCAAUACAUAGGCCUGGGGGCCGUUAGCUUAACGCGAUUGCAAUGGCUAUGCGCUAUAGCUUACGAUUUCAUUUUUUUUCUUUUGCAUUGGUAAUAACAAUGUUAAAGACGACAGCUAUAGCAAUCCCGUUAGGCUAUUGGCCCCCUGACCUUAUCAUGCAUUAUAAUAAGGCACGAAAAGGAUAGACUGAUGUCAAGUUUACAAAUCUGCCAUCCUCAAAUUAUAGUGCGUCUAAGUGACAUGUGGUCGAUUUUUCAGUCUUUAAUUGCAUCUUAUACUCUAUCGAUCUGUCUUUUAACAAGUAUUCGUAUCUUUUAUAGUUUAAAUCUUAAAAUCCGUCAUGUGAUGAAUGGUUACAAAAUAGCAAUAAUUUAAAGUUUACGCGCCGUUUUUUGGCCAUAAUCUCGAAAGUUGGUUUUGUCAUUUAGCCGUGCUUUAGCUUGAGGACGGCAGAAAUAGCAAACACGAAUGGCCAAAUGAAGAGCCGACAUUAUAAACAUAAAUAUUUAUAUAAAAUCUAAAGCAAAUUCAUUCAAGCUAUUCCACUCAGGCUGGAUUCGAACCAGUGCCUAUUUCGAUAUCAAGACGAUUGCUUUUUUUAACUUCAUUGCUUUUACUUCUUUCAAAUAUUUGAUAAUUUUAAAAGUUAAAGUCUAGCAGAUUAAUGCUGAUAAUAAAACAAAAAACACACUAGUUCACUGAUAAGAAAUAACAUAUAAAAAGUUGCUUUUUUAAGCACAUAACUGCUAGAUGUUUAAAUCUAAAGAAAAGUUUACUAGAAAAAAAAUCAACGCGGACCAGGCAUCAGACGGGACUCGAACCCGCACCCUUCGCUAUCCGGGUGAAUGCACUGACCAUUAUGCUACCGCGGCCUCUAAUAUUUCUAAACUUUUCUUUAGAUAUAAAAAGUCCUAAACUAACAUAACGAUUCUCAGUGAAAUCAAUGUGUGGAGCAUAUGUUUACCAUUUUUCACUUAAAAACAAUCAAGUUAUAUCGUAAUUGGUGCAACAGUAUUUUACCUCCACGGUCCAUCUACGGUGCCGAGCCGACAUAUGGCCUGCUUCACGUUCUGCGAGUCCGCUUCAACGCAACGUUCACCAACACCCAGCUGUCCCGCCUCGUUUAGUCGGAACAGCUGACUGUUGCCAGACCCGUGGCACGUAGACGUACCUGAAGAACAAGCACUCGGAUCAAAACAACCAAUCCACAAGGAAAUACAGUAAAACGCAUUUAAGACGAUUUCACAGGGUCUCAACCAAAAACGCGUCUUAAGCGGGAAAGUGUAUUAUGCGGGAUUGCGGGAUAGGGAGAAAAUUCGAGUUUUUAUAUACAAUAUUUAAGAAUUAUGUAGGUAUGUUAUAAAAUUUUUGUGUAUUGUUAUUUAUUAUUACGUUAUUUAAAUUAAGCACUUAUUUUAAUUUGUCAAAAAGAUUUUGAGGCAUUAGCAAUUACAAGAUUUUCAACAUAAUUUAACUUUUGCAGUGCGUCUUCGCUUUGAUUCAAAGAAGACAAAAUCGGAGUUGACUUAUCUUCUACUUAAUCAUUAUCACUUAGGGCCUCUUCUUGUGUGUUAUUCACAUUCUAAUUGAAUUUUAUGCUGCUGCAAGAGGGUAAUAUGUGUGGUACGUGCUGGUGAUUUAAGCGUAUUUAACGGGAUGACGAAUCGUAUUAAGCGUUAAGAAAUGUAUGAAAACAUGUCUCAAGUUGCAGGGACUGACGCAAAAUGGCGUAUUAUGCGAGAAAUCGUAUUAAGCGUGAUCGUAUUAAACGGGUUCUACUGUACACGGUUUACCUUCUAAAUGGGAACAUCAAAAGUACCUACUAGUACUUCAAGAUCUUGAUAUAUAUUGUAAGCUCAAAUUAGUUUUACUUACUAUCCAUAAGGAAGCAGCACAAAUAAAGUUUUACCAAACAAAUAAUUUAGCAGACCAUUAUAGCGCGAUUACACUUGGUCGUUAGCACGAAUACGAGUUCACGAGUUCUGGAGUCGCGCGUCUAGGCAAACGUAGUGUAGGUCGUCCUCAGGCGCGAUGGAGUGACGAUUUGCGCAAGAUGGCUGGCAGGAGCUGGAUGGAUGCGAGUAGCCCAAGAUCGAUCUGAGUGGCGUGCAUUUGGAGAGGCCUAUGUCCAGCAGUGGACUAAGAUAGGCUGUUGAUGAUGAUGACGAAUACGAGAGCCAAUGGAAUUCGGGUAAACGACUAAUUGUAAAUGAACGGAGUCUAGAUGCCCGUAUUCGGGUAUAUUUCCUUUUGUUUACCCGAUACCGUAUACCAGUGUAAAUAUUGCUUCGGGAGCACGGCCAAAUGUAAUUGCUCCAUAAGUGUAUCAAAACGACUGCUGUUAAUUUAAAAAGAUAGAUAUAUCCCAAAAACAUUGAUUUUGAAAUACCUCACCUAUAUAAGCCGGCGCAGCUUUACCCAUCGUGUCUAAGCAGACGCCAGUAGCCUUAUUCUUCACCAUUCCCCAGUGCACGUUCUUCGGUAACUUUGGAAAUUUGUCGUAAACGUCGUACGCUACGUUUUCCAUGAACCAACUGAAGCUUUUGCACUUGAGCUUCUCUUUCAAGGCAACCUGAUCAGUAAUAUCACCCAUAUCAAGGAAUCUGGCCAUCGGCUCUCUCGUGUAGAAAUACUCUUUGUGUUCCUCAUCGAACCAAGUUUCAAUCACUCUCUUAUAAUUGAUGGUGAUUAACGAACCUUUUCGAUUUUUGGCUAGAUUACCGAACGAGUAGGGCAUGAAAGCGCGGUACACAUGGCCAACCCUAGAGCAAGGCACCCAUUCAAUGCUGCCUCCGCAUUGCCAGAUUUUGAAGCUCAACUCAAAGUUUUCUCCCCCCCAUACUAAAAGACCGGGGUCGUAAGCGCCGAUUUCUAGAAAGUACUUCCUGUUUAUGGCGAACAGACCUCCUGCAUGAGUCGGGCUCUUAUAAGGCUCCGAUUUGUGUUUGUGCCUGUUCGCUUCUCUAUCAGGCACCUCGUUCUCUUUGUAAAGCAUGCCCCAUUCGAAUAUGCCUCUAUAGUUGAUCCCGUGUUGGUAUACAGGUCUGUAUUCAAAGGUUCUGUGGUCGAUUCCGUCUAUGACUGGUACUGUCAUGAUUCUGUAGUCCCGAUAUAUUGGUGCUAGUAGGGGAGGCAGCCAAUUGACGUUCACCUCGCAGUGGGCGUCUAAGAAUACGAUUACGUCACCAGUGGCUUCUUGCGCGCCCCUAGAUCUCGUCCUAAUCAAACCUUCCCUAUGCGCGUUUCUGAUUAAUCUCACUUUCCCUUUAAAACGUUUAAUGUACUCAUCCAAGUUACUUUUCAAGUUUUCUUUGUCUGAGUAGUCGUCCACCUGUAUAAAACGUACAAAACUUUAAGCAGGAGUACACUACUUCAUGUAUAAAUACUGUAGUAAAGUAUGUAGGUAUAGUAAAAAUGCAUGUAGGGUAAUUACAAUAUAGAACCCUAAGUUAAAUAUUGAGAGCCUGAUCUUCCUACUAUGUGUACCAUAUAAAUGAAUAGUGUGUGGUGGACUAGAUUCUGAUACUAUCUAAAAACAACAUCACUGUGAAUGCGGAGAGGAGUGGAAGCGUUGGUAGUUUUUGAAGUGAAAACUUAAAGUGAGAGUUAAAUUUUAACACAGGUGUUAUCGUUAAGACGUCAGACCUAGUCAUGAAGGACUUUUACGUGUUCACAUUUUUGUAGGUUUCACUUUUAUCGCAUGUAAACAGCACAUGUAGGUUUUUUUUCUAUAGGUCGAAUUGAUUUGAGUUUACACACACAAACCGGAGCGGGGUGGCUAGACGCCGCGGUGUCAGGGGCGGGACGUACCGGCGAUACAUAUUACAGCUAAAUCGCGUAUUCCAACUGACUAUAUUCAGACGUCCUAAUUAGAAUCCUAAAAAGAAAGCCAAUUAUAAGAUUCUGAUUACACUUGACUAAUUUAGUUACUGCUUCAGUCAGUUGCAAGCGCGCGGCGAAUUCAGUCGGACUUUUUCGUAAUGGCACCAGUCCUGUCAAAGAAACAAAAAAAAACGGUCUUUUCGUAGGCCUGGCCGUUGGUUCAAUAAAAAUAAAAGAAAGUAAAAAACGAAAAACGUGGGUAUAUUUCAUAACUUCUUUUUCUUUUGCCGCCCACAUCGCGCACUCGCGUAAAUCGUAAUCGUAGACACAAUAACGUCCUCAACCCUUUCCUAAAUCGCUUUCUAAUUAGGAUACUAAAUGAUUUAGUCAGUCAGAAGCAACACUUCUUCCGAUUUAGGUUGGUAAUUAGGAUCCUAACUUCCUUAAUGCUAUUUCACUUGAUUGAAUUAGUUACUGAAUGAUUUAGAACGUCUGAAUUUAGUCAGGUGGAAUACGCACUUAAGCGUCGCGUGGCGGGGACUGAGGUGUGCGCCAUGACCAUGGUAUUCCUGACAAUGUAUCAAGAAACUCGGCCGGUGGCGCAUUAUUAGUGAUUUAUUAGGUUGUGAUUAUUUACAAAACUCAUUAUUGUAGAUCCAUGAUAAAUCUAGCCAGUGGAUUUACUGAAAAUGAUCGCUAAUCCAGGUAGAAUUACGAAGAAUCUAUUUAUCACGAAGAAAUGUAUGUUUCCAGAUAGAUUAUAAAAAGAAAAAAAAAUAUGAUGACUUGGUUUUACAUUUAUUAAGAUGCGAUAAUUUUAAAGUUUCCUUAAAUUUCAAUACCGGUGACAAGUUAUACACGGCAAAACGUACUUGGAAUUGCCGAUCAAGUAGGCAACACGAAACAUUCUCGUUCAAUUCAAAUGAAACCAAAACUUUCCCAUGCGAUAAUGUUUUUAUUUGAGAUAACGUUUCUGCCGCAACAUGAACUUUUCACAACUGCGAUUAUACAUACGCAUACCGCUAAAAAUCUUAGUUACA